GUUAUUCAAAAUUCAAAAUAGAAAGACCCUCUCAAGUCGUCGUCUCGAUUCUCCAAGUCUCUUCUUCCUCAUUCCUCUUAGAUCGGAAAAUGGACAAAUCCGGCUAUGGCAAAGACGGCAUUUACCGAUCACUUCGUCCGACGCUCGUUCUUCCCGAAGAUCCCAACACGUCGCUAGUCUCUUUCCUAUUCCGUAACUCCUCUUCUUACCCGAGUAAGCCUGCUCUCGUUGACUCCGACUCCGGCGACUCCUUAUCCUUCUCUCAGCUCAAAUCCGCCGUCUCUAGACUCGCCCACGGGUUUCUCCGUCUAGGUAUCCGCAAAAACGACGUGGUUUUGAUCUUCGCUCCGAAUUCUCACAAGUUCCCUCUCUGUUUCCUCGCCGUAACGGCAAUCGGCGGCGUUUUCACCACCGUGAAUCCUCUUUACACCGUCAACGAGCUUUCCAAGCAGAUCAAGGACUCGAAUCCAAAGAUCAUCAUCUCUGUUGAGCAACUCCUCGACAAAAUCAAGGGUUUUGGUCUCCCCAUUGUGCUACUCGGAUCUGGCGAAUCCGACUCGGAUUCGAACAUCCUCAGCUUCAACGACGUGGUGAAUCUCUCGGAGCCAGUUUCAGAUCUCCCGAUCGUCGACGUUAAGCAAUCAGACACCGCUGCACUGUUGUAUUCAUCAGGAACAACGGGGAUGAGCAAAGGCGUGGAGUUAACUCACGGGAACUUCAUCGCAGCGUCUCUAAUGGUGACGAUGGAUCAAGAUCUGAUGGAAGAGCAUCACGGCGUGUUCUUGUGUUUUCUUCCGAUGUUCCAUGUCUUUGGGUUGAACGUGGUUACCUUCGCCCAGCUUCAGAGAGGGAGUGCAGUGGUCUCCAUGGCGAAGUUCGAGCUCGAGACGCUUCUCAAGAACAUCGAGAAGUACAGAAUCACGCAGCUUUGGGUUGUUCCUCCUGUGUUCCUUGCUCUUGCCAAGCAGAGUAUUGUGAAAAAGUAUGAUCUUUCUUCGCUCAAGUACAUUGGAUCAGGAGCUGCUCCUCUUGGGAAAGAUCUGAUGGAGGAAUGUGCAAGAAACAUCCCUAAUGUUGUGCUUAUGCAGGGCUACGCAAUGACUGAAACGUGUGGAAUUGUCUCCAUGGAAGACCCGAGAUUCGGGAAACGGAACUCUGGUUCUGCUGGAAUGCUUGCUGCAGGUGUUGAAGCUCAAAUAGUGAGUGUAGAAUCUGGAAAAUCUCAGCCACCUAAUCAGUUAGGUGAAAUAUGGGUUCGAGGGCCUAACAUGAUGAAAGGUUACCUCAAUAACCCUAAGGCUACUAAAGAAACAGUAGAUGAAGAAGGUUGGGUACAUACCGGAGAUCUUGGAUACUUUAACGAGGAUGGUAACAUUUUCGUUGUUGAUCGAAUCAAAGAGCUUAUCAAAUGCAGAGGCUUCCAGGUUGCUCCAGCUGAGCUAGAAGGUCUUCUUGUAUCGCAUCCCGAGUUACUAGAUGCUGUUGUUAUACCGUUACCUGAUGAAAAAGCUGGUGAAGUUCCAAUUGCAUUUGUUGUCCGUUCACCGGAUAGUUCGAUAACAGAGGAAGAUAUUCAAAAGUUCAUAGCCAAGCAGGUUGCUCCUUAUAAAAGACUGCGAAGAGUGAGCUUCAUUAGCAGUGUUCCAAAAUCUGCUGCUGGUAAGAUCUUGAGGAGGGAACUUGUUCAGCAAGUAAGGUCCAAGAUGUGAAGAAUCUUUCAUUACCGGGAGAUCAUAAUCUCUCUUUUGUUGUCUUGAUCUUCUCGCUUUUUUUUUUAAUGUACCAUUUCAAAUUAAUCACACAAACCACAAAAAGAUGAAACAAGUAAAUCCAAGACCAAAGUCGUACACAUUUGUUUUCUUUUCCAUUUUCUUUUAUAUAAACAAGUCAUAAUAAAAUUAAUGUUCUUUCCGAAGUAGCAAUAAACUCUAUUUUUAUUUUCCAUUUCUUUGAACUUACUAAUAUUAUAUUUGUAUUUACUCGUUGUUAUUGUUAUGAGUAAUCUUUUUCUUUAAA